UCUUUAAUGCGACAAGUUCUUCGAUGCACGAACGACACUUGUAAUUGUUGCAUUGAAGGAUCUGGCGGCACGUUGUGUAUAUUUAUUGUACACGUGCUUUUAUAUUGCAGAGUUUAGUUAAAGUAGAUGAGAAAAUGUUAACUACAAAAACAUUUUUUCGGAAGACUAAGAGGGGGAACAUAUUUAAGAUUGUAAGGGAGCAUUAUCUUAGGGAUGACAUUUGGUGCGGAUCUGAAUUGUGUAAUAAAUGUUUACACAAAAAUCGAGAUGUUAUUCUCAGCAAUGAAAAUCCUGGAGCAAAAAGCUCCUCAUUUCCAUUUCCAUACUAUCUUGUCCUAGAUACUAAUAUCGUGCUUGAUCAGAUAAACAUUCUUGAAGAGAAUACCCUUUGCAAUGUGAUUAUUGUUCAAACUGUAUUGGAAGAAGUACGACAUAGAAGUUCCAAUGUAUAUAAAAAGUUAAAAGAUAUUAUAGGCGAUCCUAAAAGGAAGUUUUAUAUAUUUAUCAAUGAACAUCAUAAAGAAACUUAUAUAGAACGUGAACCUGGUGAGAAAGUGAAUGAUCGCAAUGAUAGAGCUAUUAGAGUAGCAACCAAAUGGUAUAACAAGCAUUUAGGUCUUAGCCAAACCAGAAAAGAAGAUAAACACAAUAUAAAAGUGAUCUUAUUAACUGAUGAUACAAACAACAAAGAACUUGCUGUAAAAGAUGGAUUGUAUGCAGCAACUAUGCAAGAGUACGUCUCGUCUUUGGAGGAUGGAACUUUAUUACUGGAUAAACUAUGUAAACAGAGUUAUGCUCUAGAAGGGGAAAACAAAGAGCCAUUAUUUCCAUUACAUCGUACUCCAGCUGAACUGCAUGAGGGUAUCAAGAGAGGAAAGCUGCUACAGGGAACAUUUUUGGCAUCCAGAGAGAAUUUUCUUGAAGGAAGCGUUAAUGUGGAGGGCUUCGAGAAGUUUGUCUUGGUACAAGGUCGUGUAGGUUUAAACAGAGCAGUAGAUGGCGAUAUAGUAGCUUUGGAAUUAUUAUCAGAAGAUCAGUGGUCAGCUCCGAGUGACAUAGUUCUUCAAGAUGAGGAGGAAGAUCCGGGCGACAUUCUUGAGGAAGAAAAAGAGUUAAUUAAACAAAAGUCUAUACCAUCUACUGAGAAAACUCCCACUGGUAUUAUUGUUGGGAUUAUUAGAAGAAAGUGGCGCCAAUAUUGUGGUAUAUUACAACCAAGUUCUGUGAAAGGGAAUACUAGGCAUCUAUUCGUCCCAGCUGAGAGAAAAAUUCCAAAAGUUAGAAUAGAAACUAGACAAUCUGAGACAUUAAGUAAACAGAGGAUAAUUGUGGCAAUAGAUUCUUGGCCACGUAAUUCUCGAUAUCCUCUUGGACAUUUUGUACGCGCAUUGGGUAAUAUAGGAGACAAAGAAACAGAAAAUGAAGUCUUACUCUUGGAACAUGAUGUACCACACAGUAGGUUUUCGGAUGCUGUGCUCAGCUUCCUUCCAAAACUACCUUGGGUCAUUACUGAAUCGGAUGUUGCGCAACGAGUUGAUCUCAGACAUUUGGACAUUUGUUCAGUUGAUCCGCCAGGAUGUACAGAUAUCGAUGAUGCUCUUCAUUGUAGAGAUUUGGAAAAUGGAAAUUUGGAAGUGGGUGUACAUAUAGCGGACGUUUCUCAUUUUAUUAGACCUGGAACUGCUUUGGAUGACGAAGCUGCUUUAAGGGCGACUACAGUAUACCUAGUGGAUAAAAGAAUUGAUAUGGUUCCAGAGCUGCUUAGUUCAAAUCUCUGUUCGUUAAGAGGUAAUGAGGAGAGAUUUGCAUUCUCUUGCAUUUGGGAGAUGGAUCAUGACGCCAAUGUUAUUGAAAAGAAGUUUUGUAAGUCCAUUAUCCGAUCGCGACAAGCAAUGACGUAUGAAGAAGCGCAAUUAAAAAUUGAUGAUAAAACACAGAAGGAUGCUAUUGCAUUCUCUUUACGUAGAUUGAAUGAAUUGGCUAAAAAAUUGAAGAAAAGACGCAUGGAUAAUGGGGCGUUGGUUUUGGCGUCACCGGAAAUUCGUUUCCAAGUAGAUAGCGAAACACACGACCCGAUUGACGUUGAGGCCAAGAAACUAAGAGAAACUAAUGCCAUGGUUGAGGAAUUUAUGUUACUUGCUAAUAUAACAGUAGCUCAAAAAAUAGUUGCAGAAUUUCCAGAAUGUGCAAUGCUGAGAAGACAUCCUGAACCACCGCAAACUAAUUUCGAGCCGCUAAUUAAAGCUGGUAAACAUCAGGGAUUUAUUAUAAACACAAACUCUGGUAAGGAGUUGGCUAAGUCGUUGGAGGAAGCACAGAAAAGAGACAAUCCUUACUUUAAUACGAUGUUGAGAAUACUCGCGACACGUUGUAUGAUGCAAGCUGUUUAUUUUGUAAGUGGUAUGUUACACCCCAACGAAUUUUACCAUUACGGAUUAGCCUGUCCAAUUUAUACACACUUCACUUCACCAAUCAGAAGAUAUGCUGAUGUUAUAGUUCAUCGGCUUCUAGCAGUUAGUAUUAGUGCAGAUGCAACUUACCCUGAUUUAUUGGAUAAAAGGAAAAAUCAUGCACUAUGUCAUAAUUUGAAUUAUCGAAACCGAAUGGCACAAUAUGCCGGUCGAGCAUCAGUAGCUUUAAAUACCCAUUUAUUUUUCCGUGAAAAAGUACAAAACGAGGAAGGCUAUAUUCUUUUUGUACGUAAAAAUGCACUGCAGAUACUUAUACCAAAGUACGGUUUAGAAGGGACAUUGUAUCUUAGUAAAAAGGGUGAAACAUCGGCAGUGAAUUUUAUUUACGACGAAGAGGAUCAUUCACAAAAAUGUGGGAAUAUCGUAUUUCAUUCGUUCGAUCCUGUUACAGUACAAUUGAGUUUGGAUAGAUCGAACGUGCAGCAUGAAAAGUUGGUGUUCAAGUUGGUGAAACCAGAGAUUCCAGGUUUUAGUAUCCCAGAUCAGAAUACAGAAUCCGUCGCAGAUCAGCCGACGACACCGAAAGUACGAGGAAAGCGAAAAUCGAAUCAAAACCAAAAGCAGUCCCGAUCUUCUAAGAAAAAAUGACAAAAGAAGAGGAAAUAGUUUAAGAAAGUUGAAUGAUUUUCCAAUCAUCUUUAUUAAUAUUACUUGUCGUAUGUCAACGAUAGAUUAUUGUAUGACAUUUGUACAAAAGCCAUCUUGGUACUAAAUAUAUGGCAUGAUUUGUAAUACCGCGAAUCCAUAAAAUACCUUUGUGUAUAUGACGUGAGACAUUUCUUUAAUAAAGUAAAAACUAUAAA